AGAAAUAUUGAAAGCCGUUAUACUGAACCUGCGGAAGUUGCAAUGGAAAAGAAAUGGAUGAACUACUUUGGAAGUAAGAAAGAAAUUUUUCCCUUUCCAUUUUCAUUACUGUUUAUCAAGAGAGGGUAACAGUGGCGCAAAUGUUGGGGAUACGAGUUUUAGGUUUCCAACAAUAUGUUUUGCUCAGCUCUGCAAAUCCAGUUCUUAACUGUUUCCCUAACAUUUAGUUCAGAUUUACCUAAAUAACAUAAUAUAACAGACUUUUGCAGUUGUAAAAAGGAUUCUUAAAACUUAUAGUACCAAUGUUAAUCACCUAUCAUUCAAGUUCUACAUGAAGGCCUUUUAACCACCCUCUCGUAACUAGUGUCUGUCACUGGUGUGGGUUUCUAUGGUGGAUAAUACAAACAUCUUGCAGCAGUAUUGCAUCAUCUUAGGAACUGUGAAUCUGUGGGUGAUUAUUCAUAAAAAAUGGCAAAGUAAUGCAUAUUAUAAGUUUGCUUCUAACGAAGACAGAUUUGUCUUAAUCUUUUAAGAUACUAGGUUAAAACAGGUAGAUAAGUGAAUUUUACAUGUGUUUAUUUUACCUUUGUGACAAUAUUAUUCUUUCAGACCACUCCGGUUUUGCUUCCCGACCAACACCUCGUGGCCCUUCUGAUCUUGCAUAUGCAUCUCUAAGGUAAUGUAUGAAGGAACUAUACAUGAAUAUUCCGUAGCCGGAGGGCCUAAAGUUGCCUUUUUCGCACCUGCUCCCAUGCAGUCAAGUCUAAAGUUGUGUAUAAAUUUUCGUUCUUAAUAAGGCUGCAAAUAUCAGGCUGCAAAUAUCAGGCUGCAAAUAUCAGGCUGCAAAACACAUGCAGGUUCGACUUGGUUUAAUCAAAAUUGUGGAAUAUCCAUACAUGAUGCCUAAAACAUGUAAAUAAAUAUUGUUUUAGGGAUCAUAUUUAUCCACAUCGUCAGGAACCACGCACUGAGGAAAGAACAGGCGGCAGUCAUAGCGAAUGGUUGAAGAAAUUCCGUUCAGACUUAACUUUUACUUCUGGAUCUGGACACCAGACCUCGACGUAUCCUUUCUUAUAAGUGGUGUAUAAUCAAACGUGAAGGUGAAGAUCUAAUCUACGUCCUACAAUAAACUGUUGUGGUUUUAGUUGGAACUUACUGAAAAAGAUUAAAAACAUCCAUGCACAUUUCCUUUUGACUAUAACUUUCUUACUUCCUGUUUUUUAUAUCUAUACAUGGUUUAAGAAGCCAAAGAGACCACUAGGCACUAGCUGGUGCUUCGUGUUUCAAAACUUCGUGUUUCAAGGCAUGUUCUUCACGCAUCAGGUUCCGUGUCAAUUUGUUCGUAUGACAUGAUAUAUAUAGGGACUAGCUAACAGUCGUGGGUCGUGGGUAGAAUGUCGUGGGUCGUGGGUAGAAUGUCGUGGGUAAAAAGUCGUGGGUCGUGGGUAAAAAGUCGUAAGUCGUGGGUAAAAAGGCGUGGGUCGUGGGUAAAAAGGCGUGGGUCGUGGGUAAAAAGUCGUGGGUAAAAAGGCGUGGGUCGUGGGUAAAAAGGCGUGGGUCGUGGGUAAAAAAUCGUGGGUCCCGAAUAAAAAGUCGUGAAUUCCAAGCAAAAUAUUUCCAUAUAUUUACCUUUCUCCCUUUGGAAUGCGUAUUUUUUUUUU